AACGAUCCGUUAACGUUGUCUGUCUAUUUUCUCCUCUCGUCGGAGGGAUCGGAAACCCUAACCCCAAAUUAUUCUUUUUUCUUCCUACAAUGGCUUCAUCAACAAACGUCGAAUCGCCUCCGAUCGGCGAAGGGAGUAACAACGUUAACAACAGCGAGACACCGGCCACCGCCGCAGCGGUAAAUUCUCCCGCCACAACCGCCGCCGCGGUAAAUUCGCCCACCACCCCUGCCGCCGUGAAUUCUCCUGGCACGGCUGAAGACGUAACGAAAACUAGUGAAAUCACUCCGAAUGGAAGGCGGAGUAAGAAACAGAAACUCGACUCCAGCACAGGUGGAGAUCACCGGAGGGAGCGGGAGGAGUGGAGUGAUACUGCUAUUGCGAUCCUCUUGGACUCGUACACGGAGAAAUUCAUGGCGUUGAAUCGGAGUAAUUUGCGAGGUAAAGAUUGGGAAGUGGUGGCGGAAUUGGUUGCCGAGAGUGGCGAUAAACAACCACGAAAGAGUAUCGAGCAGUGUAAGAACAAAAUCGAUAAUUUGAAGAAAAGGUAUAAGCUCGAGACUCAGAGAAUGGAGAUCAAUGGUAGUGCUAGUAGCUGGGUUUGGUUCAAGAAAAUGGACAUAGUAUUUGGGAGUUUAAUGGGGCCCAAGAGCGGAGCAGGAACAGGAGCAACAUCCGAUGAUGAUAAGUCCGUCGGAGCUUCCUCCCCUCAUAGACUAAGACGUUCUGCAAGGCUUGCCCCCACCAGUGCUCCUGUUCGAAGCAACUUCAAAACAACCACAAACAUAAAAUGGAAAAGGGUGGUCUUUAAAGUGAGUGGCACCGCAUUGGCUGGAAGCGGUCAGAGUAUUGACCCAAAGGUAGCUUUGCAGAUUGCAGAAGAAGUGGCAACAGCGUCCCGGGAUGGUGUGGAGGUGGCUAUUAUCAUUGGAGGUCGUAACUUCUUUUGUGGCGAUUCUUGGGUAUCAGCAACUGAUUUAGAUAGGCCUACAGCUUACCAGAUUGGCAUGAUGGCGACGGUCAUGAACUCUGUAUUGCUACAAUCAGCUCUAGAGAAGUUGGGUAUUCAAACCCGUGUGCAAAGUGCUUUUUUGAUGCCAGAGAUUGCGGAACCAUAUAACAGGCUACGUGCUAUGCGCCAUCUUGACAAAGGAAGAGUUGUCAUCUUUGGUGGCGUUGGGGCUGGCACCGGGAACCCACUCUUCACAACCGAUACAGCGGCAGCUUUAAGAGCUUCCGAGAUCAAUGCAGAUGCCGUUAUUAAAGGUACAAACGUAAAUGGUAUCUGCGAUAAACACAAAGUCCCACUGGAUCAAAUAUCCUUUCGUGAUGCCGUCUCGAGAGAUUGUGGUUCCAUGGAUUUGAUGGCAAUACAAUUCUGCGAAGAGAACUCAAUCCCUGUUGUCAUAUUUAACAUGCUGGAACGCGGGAACGUUGCGAAAGCGUUGACCGGAGGACAAGUCGGCACGUUGAUUGAUCAGUAACGGCCGAAUCUGGAAAAACCCGUUUCAUGCUUUGUGUGGACUACAUGAAGUGUUAAUAUUCUCUUCGCGGGUAAUUAAAAAUAGGCUUAAAAUAUGUUAGUUUCGAGCAUUAAACCUCGUGUUAAAUCCUCUAGAUCUAAUGCUCCCGGCACCCUGCCACCACCGGAGCCUUUUUAUCUUGUACAUUAGUGUCGUCGGAUUCUAAUAAAAGAAAAUUGUAGCAACAGUUUUAGAAGGGUGAAUGUUAGCAACCCCAUUGUUAGUGUGAUUGUAGUUUAACUGCUUGGAGUCAGAGGUCAGGUAUGCGUACAUCUUUAUCCCCAGUGUGAUAUACUGGUUGGUUUGGUUUUAUUGUAGUUUUAACUUGUUGGGUGAGUUUUUGAAUGGAACUAGUUUGAGGUAAUUGUAAAUCUUGUUUUGAAAUAUGCGGUUUUUUAACUCA